AUAUCUAAACUGUUUUUAAUAACUCCCCUCCAAUGGUCUUAAUUAUCUCUUGGGUGCACUCUCAUCAUAAUAAUCCUCUAAUUCAAUAUCCAUGGAAAACAAUUCUACUCAUGAUCAGCCAAAGUUCAAAGGAGUUCGGUUGAGGAAAUGGGGGAAAUGGGUUUCUGAAGUCAGAUUGCCUAACAGCCGCGACAGGAUUUGGUUGGGCUCCUAUGAUUCUGCCGAAAAAGCCGCAAGGGCUUUUGACGCUGCACAGUUCUGCCUCCGCGGGCCCAAAGCCAAAUUUAACUUUCCUGAUAGUCCGCCGGAUAUAUCCGGAGGACAGAGGCUUUCGCCCGCGGAGAUACAGGCUGUAGCAGCUAGAUUUGCGAAUGAUUACUCGCCGUCAGUGGUACAGGAGAUACGCCGUGAUGAUCAUCAUCAUGAUCACGAGGGCAAUAUUGGAAAUAUUAAUUCACACGUGAUAAAUAUGGAGAAAGAUGAGAUUUCACUGUCAACAACUAGUUGUGAUAGGGUGGUCCAAAUGGGCACUAGUAAUACUGUUGCUGAAAUGGAUUGGGCUUUUCAUAAUGAUAUGAUGGAAAACUAUUCAUACAAUGCAAGUGGGCCUCCACCUGAAUAUUUUUGUGAUCCAUAUUAUAUCGUCGGAGGAGGAGGAGGAGCAGGAGUACUCGAUAAUUUAUCGAGUAAUCUCUACUCACCACCACAUUUUCCGCAAAGAACAACUCCUAGUUAUGACGAUGAUGAUACUGGCAAUGGUGACGAUGAACAUUAUUCUCAACAAUCCUUCCUAUGGAACUUUUAACUAUAAAUUGGUUAAUUAAGCAGCAGCAUAUUGGUACCUACGCUAGUUGAGUUUUGUCCACUACACGUACGUAGUAAUCCUUUCCGGUUUUCUUAUCGUAAUUGUUUUUGCCGGAAAAAUAUAUAGUAUAUAUAUAUGCAAGCAGUGAUAUAUGAGCAUGCAGGUCUUUAUAAGUAAUAUCUUAGUUAAUGAAUAAAUUGUUGUUUUUAAUUUAAGAAGGAUUUACAUGAUCUUAAGAAGGUC